AUGGACGCUCCGGAUAAACAGCAGGACAGCAGUCAGCAGAGUGUACAGGCUGCUGCCGCCUUCAAAGCUUUCAUGUUGAAAAACAGCAUCAAAAGUAACCUGAACCUCUAUGACCACCUCACCCAGGUGCUGAUGAAGGUCAUGGAUGAGCGUCCACAGAAUGUGGUGGAUGUGAUUGAGGAUAUAAGCUGUGAUGUGAAGCGGGGAUUAUUUGAAGACAAGUGGAGCACCUUACGAGACCUUCCACAGACUACAGCUGCUGAGCUGCUGGCUGAACAUCAGCGCCUGCUGUUUGCAAGGCCAGAAGAAGCUGACCAUGAGGAGGAACUGGUGGAAACACCACUUCCUAAUGUAAGUGAAAUUGGCUUCUACAUGGAGCAGGCUGGAGUUGGUCUGGGCAGAGAGGAGAUGCAGAGAGUCUUCCUGGCACUGAAGCAGCUGGUUGAGUCUCAGGGCCUUCAGCGGUGCAGACUGUGGGGAAAGAUUCUGGGCAAAGAGAGCAGCUAUAUCAUUGCUGAAGCUGAUUACAGAGAGGGUGAGGAAGAGGAAGAACAAAACAAUGGAGAAGCAGCCGAGGAAGAGGAGAGAGAGGCCGAGGCUCUUGAAAAUGAGAAUGAGAUGGAUCCACUUCCUCAGUCGAUCUAUAAACCCCCACCAUCUGUACCGAAGGAGGCAAUAGGAACAGGCACUAACAAGUUUCUUUACUAUGUGUGCAAAGAACCUGGUCUACCUUGGGUAAAGCUUCCUACAGUCAGUCCUGCACAGAUCACUGUUGCUCGCCAGAUCCGUAAAUUCUUCACUGGGAGACUGGAUGCUCCAGUUGUUAGCUACCCGCCUUUCCCUGGGAAUGAAGCCAACUAUCUGAGAGCGCAGAUUGCUCGAAUCUCUGCUGGUACUCAGGUCAGCCCCCAGGGCUUCUACCAGGCCGGGGAGGAGGAGGGUGAUGAGGAUGAGGAAGCUCCCAGGGACAGCUAUGAAGUGAAUCCUGACUUUGAAGGUCUUCCAGUUUCUGAAAUGUCUGAGUCUUUGUCUACCUGGGUGCAUCAUGUUCAGCACAUCCUGCAGCAGGGUCGCUGUACUUGGGUGAACCUAGCUGUGAAACCAGGGGAAGAGUCUAAUGAGGAAGGAGAGGCUGAAGAGAAAGAAGAGGAGCCUGAUGAGCCUGAGCCAGAGGUUGGACCCCCUCUGCUCACUCCCCUUUCCCAAGAUGCAGAAAUGUUCAACACCCCUCCCUGGAGCUCCAAGAUGUCCUCCACUCUCACCUCUCAGCAUGCAGUAGCUGUGGUGCGUUCCAACCUCUGGCCAGGAGCAUAUGCAUAUGCUUGUGGAAAGAAGUUUGAGAACAUAUAUGUUGGAUGGGGUCUGAAGUAUUCAGGGGAAGGGUACAACCCACCAGUCCCCCCGUUACCACAGAAGGAGUAUCCCAGUGGACCAGAAAUCACAGAGGCUCUGGACCCAACACUGGAGGAGGAGCAGGCACUGCAGGAGGCUUUAGAGGAGCAGCAAGCAGCUCAGGAGGAGAUGGCAGAGACAGAUGAAGAAGAGGAAGAUGAUGACUGA